AUGGGAGCAAGAGGAGGAUUAAAAGUCAUUAUUGAACCACACAGACAUGAGGGUGUAUUUGUCGCGCGUGGUAAAGAGGAUCUUUUAAUCACAAAAAAUUUGGUAGCUGGUGAAGCAGUUUAUGGCGAAAAAAGAAUCUCUGUCGAAGGCCAAGAUGGUAUAAAAGUCGAAUACAGAGUAUGGAACCCGUUCAGGUCAAAACUGGCAGCUGGUAUCCUUGGUGGUAUUGAUCAUAUUCACAUUGCACCUGGAAAGAAAGUUCUUUACCUCGGAGCUGCUUCAGGAACAACAGUGUCGCACGUAGCCGAUAUAGUUGGCUCAAAAGGAGUUGUUUACGCGGUUGAAUUUUCACAUCGGUCUGGUCGAGAUCUGAUCAACGUCGCAAAGAAACGGACAAACAUAAUUCCAAUAAUUGAAGACGCCCGAUAUCCUCAAAAAUACCGAAUGCUUGUUGAUAUGGUGGACGUGAUCUUUGCCGACGUGGCUCAACCAGAUCAAGCACGUAUUAUCUCACUGAAUGCACAUCACUUUCUUAAAAAUAACGGGCAUAUCGUGAUAUCAAUCAAAGCCAACUGUAUUGAUUCUACGGUCGAUGCUGAGACCGUGUUUGCACGUGAAGUUAAGAAAUUGCAAGAAGAGCAUAUCAAACCGCAGGAACAACUCACUUUGGAGCCGUAUGAACGUGAUCAUGCGUUAGUUGUUGGGAAAUAUGUUAGAGUGAAAUAA